GAAGAAGAAACGUCCAAGUGGUUCUGGGUGUUUCUAUCUGAUUUACGCAGGAUUUGAUUUAUGCAACUUGUUCGAAUCUUGUUCACUGGCCCAUCUUUGACUGUGAGGUUGCAGCAGCAGCAGAGAACACUGUAGUGCAUUGUUGGUCCAUGUUUUGCUAGCCCAAGUCAAUGAAUUGUUGCAACAUACCGGCUCUUGUUCAAUCUCAGGUUGAAAUGGGAUCGGUUCAUGAGCUCGAGCAGAAAAGCCUUUUCAGACGAGAAGCAGAUGCUCCACAGACAAAAUCCACUAUUCUGAUGGAGGAAGGGUCACUUUCUGGAAGUUUUUCACAGCACACUGCUAAAGGGCCGAAGAACAGUGUGCUCGAGAGCAUCAAAAUAGUGAUUUUCUCAAAUAAAAUCAAUUUAUUGUUACCUUUCGGUCCUAUAGCGAUACUGGUACACAAUCUCACGGGGAAUAAGAGUUGGGUCUUUCUUCUGAGCUUAAUAGGGAUUACACCAUUGGCUGAACGUCUAGGAUAUGCUACCGAGCAAUUGGCUUGUUACACAGGUCCAACUGUCGGAGGCCUCCUAAACGCUACAUUUGGGAAUGUGACGGAGCUGAUCAUAUCAAUUUUCGCUCUGAAAAACAGAAUGAUACGGGUUGUACAGUUGACCUUGCUGGGUUCAAUUCUAUCUAAUAUGUUGCUCGUACUUGGAUGUGCCUUCUUCUGCGGCGGGCUUGUCUUUUACAGGAAAGAGCAAGUCUUCGAUAAAAGGAAUGCAGUUGUGAAUUCGGGAUUGCUGUUGAUGGCCGUCAUGGGGCUACUCUUCCCAGCAGUUCUUCACUACACACACAGCGAGGUUCAUGCUGGAUCAUCAGAGCUUGCUCUCUCGAGGUACUACCUCUUUUUCCAGUUAAAGAGCCAACCGGGCUCUUAUACCCCUCUCCCCGAGGAAACAAAUCAUAAUGAAGAGACUUCAGACGUAGAGGAAGAACCCGAGAUCUCCAAAUGGGAAUCUAUCAUUUGGCUCUCAAUCUUGACAGCUUGGGUCUCUCUUCUCUCCGGCUAUCUUGUCGAUGCAAUUGAGGGUGCUUCAGUGUCAUGGAAGAUCCCGAUUGCCUUUAUUAGCGUCAUCUUGCUUCCUAUUGUCGGGAAUGCUGCUGAGCAUGCAGGCGCCAUUAUGUUUGCGAUGAAAGACAAGCUGGAUCUAUCAUUGGGAGUGGCUAUAGGAUCCUCGAUUCAGAUCUCCAUGUUUGCAGUUCCGUUCUGUGUGGUGAUCGGAUGGAUGAUGGGUCAACCAAUGGACCUAAACUUCCAGCUCUUCGAGACGGCUACACUGUUCAUAACUGUGAUAGUUGUAGCUUUCUUCCUCCAGGAAGGGACAUCGAAUUACUUCAAAGGGUUGAUGCUUAUUCUUUGUUAUUUGAUAGUCUCAGCCAGUUUCUUUGUACACGAAGAUCCUCAACAAGACGACAUGUAACCCGAGAAAUCUGUUUGGUACGAAAGCCAAAAGCAAUUGGGUAAUAAGGAGAUUCUGGGAAGACAGAGCUGAAGCUGGUUUUGCAAUGGGUGUGAAGGGAAAUGUACGCAUCUGAAGUGGUGCCAGGACUCAUCAAGCUGCGUGUUUUACUUGUUUGGUUUUUUGAACUGGUUUCUUCGAACAAGUAAAAACGUUUACUUUCUCCGUGUUUU